AUGCCUCCUCAUCUUGACUGGAGUAGGGUAAUUGAUGCUGACCCAGAACAACUGCAGGAGAGUGGCGAUGCAGAGAUAAUCAACCAAAUGUUUCUACAGGUAACGUUACAGUACAGUUCCCAAAUGCACAUACCUGCACCCCAAAUCCUCUUCUAAUCUGAUACUGUAUCAAUCAAAUAGUCCAAUCUAGUUUUUCUUGUUGAUAUGGAUGUCUGACCAUUGAAAUGAGUGGUCCUGCUACUGAUUUGUCUGUCAACAGCACAAAGGACUCCCCUGCCUUCCGCCAAAGCACAGACUGUCUGUGUCAGCAAAAUGCCUCAAAGCCUAAACAGACUAAUCCUAUUCUGCACACCUCAUUUUGAUCCCCCUACCAUUUCCCCUAGCCAGGAUCAAGCACCUGGCUUGUAGACUAAACAAAAGUGUAAGCAAUUUUGUUCUCUGAUACUACCAGUGAGACAGGAACAUAUAUAAAAGACCAAGCAGUACUAGUUACUGGAUCUCUAGACACUGCUGGUCACAGGGUUUUACUCCCAUUUUACACCAAGCAUUACUGUUGAUGUGUUUCUGCCUGAUGUCAAAUUCACUGUGUGUUUCACUGAACAGCGGUGGUGCCCUAUUUCUCUGCAGGUCAAACAAUGGGAGAGGGAGCUGGAAGCCCAGAGAAAAUAGUUCAGCUCUUGCGUGUCGCUCAGGGCCUUCUAAAGGUUUCCCAUGCUAUUAUUACCCAUUCAGAUCCAGAGCUGCAUUAUUCAAACUCACUACAACUCUGUGAUCCAUUCACAUCGCUGUGCUGAAAUGCAUUCCUAAUAUUAUUAUAUCCAAUGUUAAUAUCAGUAGAAUACAUUACAUAGUUGCUUUGAAGGAAUAAGCUCUACACAGUGUGGUUUAAGUAAUGUAGAACAGUUUGAUUAUAUUUGCAUCACAUGCAGUGUAACUACUAACUAUGACUUGCUUGUGUGUGGAUUUACAAUAUGCGUGUGUUAUAGUCUGUUUCAUGUUAUUUAUUACUGGUGGUACUGAUACUGACCCAAAAUCUUUAUAUUUUUCUGCAGUGGAAGAAAGAGGAGGUAACCAUGGCAUUUGAACUCAUUGAUAAUGCUGGUACAGAAGCAUUGUUAGAAAUUAAGCGUUGUUAAGUGUAUUGUUAGAAAUUAAUGGCCCACAGUAGAUACUUUAACAGUAUCUCUUUUGUGUCUUACAGAAAAUGAGUGGAAGGCCAAGGAGUUAAAGUGGGAACAAGAGUUAAAGAUAAGGCUUGGUGUGAAUGUUGUCAUUAAAUGAAAUGGUGAAUCAUUAGAGUCCAUAUUCAAUCGAAACUGCCGGUUCUGGAUAGCAGUUUUGUUUGAAUUGGACCACAGGUUAUUUCACCUCAUGCUGCUCAGUUUCCUUCAACGGGCUUAGUACACCUCUCAGCCAAUAGUAAAGUCACUCAUAGUACUUAAGGAGAUUGUUUGUUGUGGUUUUAUCUCUUCAUGCGGGACGAGAUGCGCAAACUGGAGGCUCAACUGGACCGCAGAGAGAAGUACAUCCAACAGUUGAAGAAAGAGACGAGCAAGGAGAAGAAAAUCAACGAAGAAGUAUGA